AAAAAAUGGAUAGGAGACAGCAAAAAGAAACAACAACGAAAAAAACCAAAGCAAACCAAGACCUAUAUCUAGAGGUCAAUGUGCGGUUUUCAAUAACAGACUUGUUAAACAAUAUGACAUGAUGAUAUACCCUGAAUCUAGAAAAUUUAUGAAUAAUUUACCAGAGACUGUCAAAGAUCUGUCAUUAACACCGAACUAACAGAUACUGUCAAAGAGCCGCCAAUAACUCUGAACUAACAGAGACUGUCAAAGAGCCGCCAUUAACUCUGAACUAACAGAUACUGUCAAAGAGCCGCCAUUAACUCUGAACUAACAGAGACUCUCAAAGAGCCGCCAUUAACACCGAAUUCCACAAAGUUACAAAAUAGGUACCUUAUAAUAGAAAUCAUGAUUGCCAAUAAGACAACUAUUUAUCAGACAUAAAAUGACAAGGAUGUACAUGCUUUUGCUGUGAUAUGAGCAGGAGAAGUCCAUCUGAAAGCCCACGAGAGCCAAAGAAAGAAGCUUGUCCUUGUACUGAUAGAGGAGAACCAUGUGGACAAGACAUAAACCAUGCAACAGUGCAGUCACAAACUAAUGAUUCACGUACAAUUAUCUACCGGCGAUCUCCGGCAUGUGAACACAUGGAUAUAGACCACCAUAACGAAAUAGGAAGGCAAUGCCAUCCGGAACCUUUCUCCAAUCCUCUGGCUAAUACACAUGAAGAUGGAGUGUCUGAGAAAGGAAACCCCGUGGUUGAGGACCGACCCAAUAAUGUAGAUGUAGAACAACAGUAUUUACUUUUAGCCAGAGCUUCAUCCACUGACACUAGUAGUUAUUCUGAACUUGAAUUAAGCCAAGGAUCUAGUCGCUUUAGUGGCUCAUUCAAUAGAGAUUGUGGUUCAUGUAAACUGCUGAUGCAGAAAUUGAACUGUGAAGAGACAAAACAGUUCUGGAGAGAAAUUGACAACGAAGGACCAAAUGCUGAUCAAAGCUGUCAUGUUAAGUUCUUUGAAAAAUUUCUGGAGAGAUUGAAAGACGCAUUUCCGAGAGAAGAAGGUCUGAAGAGUAAAAGUACCAUAAACCUUUUGAAAUUUCUAUUAAAUGUUGACCGAAAAGACCCUAUUGCUGGUAUAAAGCUGUCCGAUUUGAAGAGGAUAACUGAUUUAUUUGGUCCAAUCAAAAAGCAGGACAACAGAUGUGCAUUGAUAUAUCAGUUACAUCUGUUAAUAAAAAGAUCCCUGAAGACAAGAGAUAAAGACAAAAAAAUCAAAUCAAGUUGGUUUGUUGGUGAUAUGACACGUGAAGAAGCCGAGAAAUGUUUAUUGGCUCAGGACUGUAAAGAUAAAUCCUAUCUCGUAAGGAUAAGUGGUACGGAUGGAGAGGAUGGAGAUUUUGCUUUAUCUGUGAGACACGAAGAUCACUGCCAUCAUUUGAAAAUACAGGGUGAUCCUAAGACAGCUCUGUCUGCAUCUCCAUACAAUGCUCAUUUAAAAUUUGCUGGACGGGAGUUUUCGUCUUUACCGGAAGUGGUCGAUUACGUCACACACAAACAGGAAAUUGAAAUGGACACAGAAGACGAAACUGGAGAUUGUUCUUCUGUGAUGUGCCUUCGAAUCUUCACUAAAUCUCCACUGAAUGGUGCUAUGUCAGGCUAUGAAAAGACAAAAUGAAAAAAAGUACUUAGUGUCUAUUCAGACUUUUUCAGACAUAUUUCUAUAAUCGCUGUAUAUUGUUUUAUUCUUUCAUUAUUGAUAUGUUUUAAUUAAUAUUCAAACAGAACAAAUUUUCCCUUUAUGUGUUAAUUUAAAAGUUUGAUUAGUAUGAAAUCAGUCGCAUAUAACAUUGAUAGUUGUGCUUAAUGUAAGCUUGCAACCCUCCAUCCAUUAGAAAUAUUGAACGUAGACGUUUCGACUGUUCUGCUGGCUUAUAUAUAUAUAUUUUGAUCACAUUUAUACUUGAUGAGGGCUUGAAUCAUCUUUCAGCUGAUUUUAUGAUUCAGUUCACAUUUGGACGAGUUCUGAAUUUACUAUUUACAGAUUGUUUAUUUUUGUUAAUCAUACUUGAUGUUCACUUCAGUGGCAGCUAUUGUCAAUCGAUAUUUAUUAUCAAUUCUACAGAAUCAAGGUCAACGCAUGUUUUUAGUAGUGAAAAUAUAUAUGUAGGCAUACACAUUUAUUGUUAUAGGGUAAACAGUACUCUGAUAAAAUAAUUAUACUUGAUGAACGUUUUAUGGUAGGCCACCUCAUUUGGACUCUUUUGGAUAGCUGUCUCACUGGCAAACAUACCGUCCGUCCCUAUUUUAUACUGAGAUUAAUGUAUUGAAUCUUUAGCACUUUUCUAUGUGAGUAUUCUAACAAGACGGCACUAUAUUUAGAAUAUGGGGACAUGCAUUACUUUUAUGUAUGUUAUCAACUAUUAAAUUAUGUUUUGAUCAUGUGUAUGUAUUAAUUUGGAAGAAUAUGUUUUGUAGUCAAUGCGUUUACAUUUUUGAUCUGAUGACUUUUAAAAAAAUUCCAUCAUCUCAAAUGUUCCAUUUGCUUUGUAUAUGAUGUGACAAAUAUCAAUAAGGACUGUAGGUAAUAUUAAUUUUUGUAAGGGUAAGUUAUUUUGUAUUUUCAAAAUGAUAUUGAAUUCGUUGAUAUUAAUUCAUUAAUACAUAUUUGUUGUUUACAUCUUUAUCCCUUGUACUUUUGGAUAGUUGUCUAAUCGACAAUCAUACCAUAUCUCUUUAAUUAUAUAUAUUGUAUAAAUCUUUGGCAUUAUGAAUGCUCCCCGUAUCAUAAUACUAUAUAACAGGACAUUUUCUAGAGAAAAUACGUCUUUGGGUUCGUUUAUAUUCCGUCAAAAAUCUUUGGUUUAAGUAAAAGUCAUUUGUCCGUCGAGGGGAAUCGUCACUUCCUUUCAACGUUGACCGAAUUAUUCGGCAACUUAAAUUAUAAUAAUUACAUUAGAUGUAUGUUUCAUUAUAAUACGUUAUUCUGAUUGGCUAACUGCAAUCUCGCGUUAUUCCUUAAUCAACUUCAUUACACAAUGAAAUUUAUCAUUCAUGAUGACACGAGGUCCCACAAUAAAGUGCACAGGUAAAUUAAAUAAAAACUUGAUAAAAAUCGUGUUUUCAUGAUCCUAGCUAAAAAAUGUAAUUAUAAGUAUUGAAUGCUUCUUUUUGUAACUUCAUAGGGUUGUAAAAGCGUUGACCGUGCUUUCGCGCUUCAUACAAAAUGUACUUCGGUCAACAAUUUUACACCCCGAUGAAGUUACAAAAAGAAGCAUUCAAUUCUUAAAUGAUUGUUAAUGUGAUUGCAACUUAUUGAACAAAAAUUAUUUCUAGAUUCUCCUGCAUAAUGACGACCCCCGAAGACGCUUGUUGAACUUGAAUAAAGCCGGGAUACAGGAAUGUUCAUCUACUGUGGAUUCAUUUUUAUUCUUUGGAUACCAAUUUUCGUAGGUUUCGUGUGUACAGAUGAACCACAAAUUCAAAUAUUUAACGCAUUGCAAAUUUUCUAUAAGCUUUGUAUGCAUAGAUGUCAAAACCACGUAAUCAGAUAUCCACGAAAAUGCAAGUUUUCCUCAAUCCUCGAAAAUUGAUACCCACAAAAAUGAAUAAAUCCACAGUAUCUAGUAAAUGACGCCAUUAAGGCAUGCAUAAUUGACAAACUUGUCUGGUGAAGGACAUUGCUCAGAAACCCCCUAUUUAUCUUUCGCUUUUCUGAUACUGUUUCUUUCUCUAAAAUGUACCUGUCGCGAAUAUUCUUAUAUAUGUCAUUCUUAUUUUCUAAGAUCUAAAGGAUUGUAGAUUUAACAAUUUCCAACAAAACUAAUGCAAAACUAAUCAUUGAAAAACAAAAUUUAUGCGGCGCUAUAAUUUCUAGGUUUAUAAUUCAUUGAAUAUUACUAAUCGCUAUAUUGAAUGAUGUUUUUGUGUUCAUUUUUUAUACGCCCGUUUACGGGACGUAUUAUGGUAUACCGUUGUCCGUCUAUCCGUCCGUCUGUAUGUCUUUCCAUCCGUCCGUCUGUCCGUCUGUCAUCAACAUGUCGGACAUUAACUCAUAAACGCUUUAACCAAUUUGCAUAAAACUUUGGUGAAUUGUUUAUAUCUGUUGACGUGAGCUCCAUAUCGUUUUUUAUAAAUUUCAGAUUUUACGUUUCCGAGUUAUGAGGUUUUAUUCAUUAAAAAAAGGGGGAUUUUCCAGUUUUCGGACAAUACCUCAAAAAUGCUUUCAGCAGUUCUUAUGAAACUUUGGUGAAUUGUUUAAAUCUAUUGAAAAAAGCUCCCUUUCGAUUUUCAUAAAUAUGACAUUGAGAAGUGAUUGAACUUUAUUCUUUGAAAAUGCGACGGGCGUAUCAUGCGCUCAUGACGCAGCUGUUUAUUAAGUUUUGAGAUAAGAAUAGGAAUAUUUUGUAAAAAAUAUAAUAGUACAAAAAACGUCGUUUAAAUGUAAGAUAUAUUUACAAGUAAAUAAACAUUCAUUAGGUAGCACAUUAUACUAAGUCUUCGUGCCUUACAGUCUCACAAACAAUAGAAAAUGCAAUACUUUCAGUCAUACCAAAGACCUAUUAACUGUAAUACAAAUCAUGACAUAUACAAUAACAUUUUUGAAACGUUUGAAAAUAAAUAGGACUCAAAACUUACCUAUACCAAAAUAGUGACUUAAUGUUUAUUUAUUUUACAAUUGUUGUUUUUUAUUGUUUAACAUGUAUAUAUACAAUGUACAUCUAUAUAUAUAUGGUUUAUUGUGUUUGGAAUAAAGAAAUAAAAUUACAUAUAUAUA